UAAGCUUCUGCUUCGUGUCUUCUUUGGGGUCUUUCAUUUUGGUCCAAGUUCUUCAUUACAUUUUAGCGUACUAGCUUUGAGCUGCUGGCUGGUCAAUUUCUUUCAAAGGCGUCAUGGGAAGGAAUCUAAACUACUAUAAUGGAGUUUGCCUUCUUCUACUUCUACUUCUACUUCAUCUUUCUUUUGCUGCUAAUAAUUGCGAAGCAAGAAAAUCUAUGCAUCUCCUGAGAAGCCAAGUGCACCCAACAAGUUCAAUCAUCCAACAAAUUAAAAAAUUAAAAGUGACAAAGCACUUUGAUUUGGCUUCAUUACUUCUCCAGAAAGAAACUAUGGAUCCAUCCAAUCCUAACCCUUAUGUGAGUUCACCAUUCUCUUUGCCACCUUAUGAUUCCUUGCCCCCAAAUCCAUUGCCCGAAAAUGCCCCUCCUUUUUGCAUUUAUCCCCCAAAUACCCCUCUACCUCCAUCCACAACAAUUCCAACUCCAUCAGGAUCAACACCUAAUUUGCCACCCCAAUCACCCUUCCCUUACCUCCCACCUAUUCUUCCCAUUCUAAGCCCUCCUCCGGGCCCAAUUGGCAUCGUACCCAGCCCGCCCGAAACCACUCCUCUCCCAAAUCCACCUGAAAUAGUUCUUAGCCCACCAUGGUCCAUUCCAAGUCCUUAUUAUGAGCCUAGUCCACCAAGUUAUGUUCCAAGCCCACCAACUUUUGUUCCAUCUCCAACAGGGUACGUUCCAAGCCCUCCAAUUUUUCUGCCACCUGUGGUGUAUCCUCCACCAACAGGGCCACCACCUCCGAGAACAGGACCAUCACAGGCUCUGUGGUGUGUAGCAAAACCGUCGGUGCCGGACCCAAUCAUUCAAGAAGCUAUGAACUAUGCUUGUGGAUCUGGUGCAGAUUGCGAGUCGAUUCAGCCCAGUAGGUCAUGCUUUGAGCCCAAUACAUUGUUUGCCCAUGCAUCCUAUGCUUUCAAUAGUUACUGGCAAAGGACAAAGUUGGCUGGUGGGACUUGCUCCUUUGGAGGAACUGCCAUACUUGUGACUGUGGAUCCAAGUUAUGAUGGUUGCCAUUUUGUAUACUCCUGAUGAGAUAGAAGACAAAGUUCAGUGCUUCGGAGAAGGCAAGAGGAAAUAGUACAGAAACCAGAUCUCCUUUUCUUUUCAUAAAUUAAUAAGCUUAAAAUUUUUGCUAAGUAAAUAUUCAUAAAUGGUUAUGUUAGGUGGAUUGUAGAUUAAAAAUUCGAAAUUCCCCCCUUCUCUUGUGUAGAUGGAUGACUCGCCCAGCCCUUCCUUUCUCUCUUUAAAAAUUGUUUAAGAAACAUUUAUUGUAUCAUAAAUGAGAUAUUAAGAAAGUUUUUGUAAAUGUAUUUGAAACCCAUUUGCCUUCCGACAAUUCUUGUCUAGA